ACGUUCCGCUGUUGUUCCAAUUACGACGUUGCCGGACUUCAUCUCGGAGUUUCAAAAAAUAGUUCAGUGAGUGUCUAGUGAAUAAAAUGUUGGAUUAUCUUCAGAAGGAGAGUUCAGUGAGUUGGAAGUCGUUUUCUGCAGUGUACAGUUCAAUACACUGGAGACGAUGACGGACCACGGAGCAGGCUGGUUCGGGCGUUAAUUCCGACCACAUGGCUAACCAUGGAGGGCUUACGUCCCUGCCGCGUGCUAACCGUCCGCGGGCGCCUAUAAUGAAUAUUCCCCCGCUAACGGCUCCAUUGGCACCAUUACGGCCAGCGCCGCCUGUAACUCUCACCGUUCCAAGGCCCGAAAAUGAACGAACCACCAACGAGUAUGUGGAGACCCCAUUCAAGGUAUCGCCGCCGCCGGCAGCGACGCCGUCGCCGCCCCCUCAACCCGCUAGGAGUCUGCAGAGGCCAAGAAAUCUGGUGCUGCCCACCAUCAGCAAGCAACCAUCAUCUGCGGCGGCCGCAGCGGCGGCGGCUGCUGCGGCGACCUUCAGCAAGGAGCCACCUCCGGAGUGUGCGACAAGACCGUCGAUCAUGUGUCCGGAGUGCGGAAGGUGCCGCUGUGAAUCUUGCCAGGUACCUCGGGCUCUGCCCCAGAAGUGGGUGUGUAACAACUCGUGUCUUGUUUCCGCGGAUAGUGUCAUUGACUACGCUUCCUGCUUGUGUUGUGUCAAAGGAUUGUUUUACCACUGCAGCGAUACGGACGGUGGAGAAAGUUGUGCGGACGAUCCGUGUGGUUGCGGGCCCGACCGAAGGACGGCUCGAUGGAGCUGUCUGGCCACCCUUUCAUGCGUUCUACCUUGCCUGUGGCUCUAUUGGCCUCUUAGAGGCUGCAAAAGAGCGGUGGAAGCAUGUUAUGCGCGCCAUUCUAGGACUGGUUAGAAUAUCUCUGAAAAAAAAAUUAAUGAAUUGUAG